AUGGCUGAUAACCGACCCGAUCCUGAUCAAACGCAGGAUACCCUCUUUGAUGUUGACUUCAUGGAUCUGGAUAACCAUGAUCAUUCAGCUGCAAGUGGAACACCUCUAUCUGGAGUUUUUAACAGUGCUCAUAGAGAUGAAGAGGUGAGAAGACCAAAACAUGGUCUCCCGGAGGAAACCAUUGAUUUGGAUGCUGACGAUAAUGUUGAAAAUGAUAUUAAUCCGUUCGAUGAUGAAGCAUCUGGCGAUUGGAACCUUGACAGGGUUAAUUCGUACCAACCAGAGCUGAUUAACACAAGACUGAAACGUGGCGUCUUUUCAAGAGCAUUCAAUGGUAUCAAAAAUACCUUCACGUUCAAAAGGAGCCCUACAUCACCCUCUCAGAGUUAUGAGAUGAGACAAUACAAUGCUGUAACCACUAACGAGGCAAACGAGGACUAUGCAAGCUCAAGGAAUAAAUUUAACAUCAAGAUAUUGUUCAAUCGGUACAUUUUGAGGAAAAACGUUUCAGCGGAUGGUACUUUAGCUGAACCAAGAAUCAUUGAAUUGAAUGAUAGGACCACGAAUCAAUCAAUACACUACAUAGAUAAUCAUAUUUCCACGACGAAGUACAAUGCAGCCACUUUUGUGCCAAAAUUUCUGUUUCAAGAAUUCUCCAAAUAUGCCAAUUUGUUCUUUCUUUGCACUUCUUGUAUCCAGCAAGUGCCUCACGUUUCUCCCACGAAUAGAUAUACUACCAUCGGUACGCUGUGUGUUGUUUUGCUUGUUUCUGCGAUGAAAGAAAUUGUUGAAGAUAUCAAAAGAGCGUCUUCUGAUAAAGAGUUGAACAAAUCAAAAGCCCGCAUUUAUUCGGAAGCACAGAGUGAUUUUGUCGAAAAAAGAUGGAUUGAUAUCAAAGUAGGCGACAUUAUCAAGGUCAAUUCAGAGGAACCAGUUCCAGCCGAUUUGAUUCUGCUGUCUUCUUCUGAACCAGAAGGUCUUUGCUAUAUAGAGACGGCCAACUUAGACGGUGAAACUAACUUGAAGAUAAAACAACCCAGGGUGGAAACUAACAAGUUCAUCGAUUCAAGAUCGCUUUUGGGAUUAAAGGGUAAAGUGGUUUCAGAACAUCCAAAUUCCAGUUUAUACACCUAUGAAGGAACCUUAAUCCUCAAUGGUCACGAUAUCCCGUUGUCUCCAGAACAGAUGAUUCUGAGAGGUGCCACUUUAAGGAAUACUGGCUGGAUCUUUGGGUUAGUUAUAUUUACGGGCCAUGAAACAAAGCUAAUGCGUAAUGCCACUGCGACCCCUAUUAAAAGGACCGCUGUCGAAAGAGUUAUUAAUAUGCAGAUUAUUGCAUUGUUUGGUGUUUUGAUUGUUUUAAUAUUGAUAUCAUCGAUUGGUAAUGUGAUUCAAAGUAGCGCAGGCGCCAAACAUAUGCCCUACUUAUAUUUGGAAGGUAAAAGUAAGACUGCCUUAUUCUUUAAAGAUUUUUUGACGUUCUGGAUUCUCUUUUCUAAUCUGGUACCCAUUUCUUUGUUUGUCACGGUUGAACUGAUCAAAUACUACCAGGCUUUUAUGAUCAGUUCAGAUUUGGACCUAUACUAUGAACCGACCGACACUCCAGCGGUAGUGAGAACUUCUUCUUUGGUAGAAGAACUGGGGCAGAUAGAGUAUAUUUUCAGUGAUAAAACUGGGACACUUACUAGAAAUGUUAUGGAAUUCAAGUCAUGUUCCAUUGCAGGCCGGUGUUAUAUUGAAAAUAUACCAGAAGAUAAGAAGGCUACAAUGGAGGAUGGAAUCGAGGUUGGGUUUAGGAGUUUUGAAGACCUCAAGUCUCGUUUAAGUAAUACUUCCGAUGAAGAAUCUACUGUGAUUGAAAACUUUCUGACUUUAUUAGCUACGUGCCACACUGUUAUCCCUGAAUUCCAAAGCAAUGGAUCUAUAAAGUAUCAAGCAGCGUCCCCAGAUGAAGGAGCUCUGGUACAAGGGGGUGCUGACCUCGGUUUCAAGUUUAUUAUUAGAAGACCAAGCUCUGUUACAGUCCUAGUAGAGGAAACUAGCGAAGAAAGAACAUACGAGUUACUGAAUAUUUGCGAGUUUAAUUCCACGAGGAAAAGAAUGAGCUCUAUUUUCAGGAUGCCCGACGGUUCUAUCAAGCUGUUUUGCAAAGGGGCAGACACCGUUAUUCUCGAAAGGUUGGACAGAAAUAGCAACAUAUAUGUGGAUGCAACGCUAAGACAUCUGGAAGAUUACGCCUCUGAAGGGUUGAGAACCUUGUGUUUGGCCACGAGAGAUGUCUCAGAGCAGGAAUAUCAAGAAUGGAGCAAGAUAUAUGAAGCGGCAGCAACUACAUUAGACGACAGAGCUGCAAAAUUAGAUCAAGCUGCAGAAUUAAUUGAAAAUAACCUAUUUUUGGUGGGUGCCACCGCUAUCGAAGAUAAGUUGCAAGAUGAUGUACCUGAAACAAUCCACACACUACAGGAAGCUGGAAUAAAAAUCUGGGUCCUAACUGGGGACAAACAAGAGACGGCCAUCAAUAUUGGGAUGAGCUGCAAACUAUUAGCGGAGGAUAUGAACCUUCUGGUCAUCAACGAAGAAACCAAAGAAGACACAAGGAAUAACAUGGCUGAGAAAAUCAAAGCUUUAAGUGAGAAUAAAUUAUCUCAACAUGACUUAAACACUCUGGCUUUGAUAAUUGACGGUACGUCACUGAGUUACGCUCUUGAAAGUGAUUUAGAAGAUUACUUUUUGGCUAUUGGGAAACUGUGCAAAGCUGUUAUAUGUUGUCGGGUAUCGCCACUUCAAAAGGCGUUAGUUGUUAAGAUGGUCAAAAGGAAAACGUCUUCUUUAUUACUGGCAAUUGGGGAUGGUGCUAAUGACGUUAGUAUGAUCCAAGCUGCACAUGUUGGUGUUGGUAUCAGUGGUAUGGAAGGUAUGCAGGCAGCACGUUCUGCGGAUGUUGCAGUAGGACAGUUCAAGUUCUUGAAAAAGCUAUUAAUUGUUCACGGGUUAUGGUCAUAUCAAAGAAUCUCCGUUGCUAUUUUGUAUUCUUUCUACAAGAACACGGCAUUCUAUAUGACCCAAUUUUGGUACGUGUUUGCAAAUGCAUUUUCAGGUCAGUCUAUCAUGGAAUCGUGGACGUUGAGUUUGUACAAUGUCUUUUUCACUGUGCUACCUCCAUUUGUGCUAGGUGUUUUUGAUCAGUUUAUCAACAGCAGACUAUUGGAACGUUACCCACAGUUAUACAAGCUGGGUCAAAGAGGACAAUUUUUUUCGGUGAGUAUAUUCUGGGGUUGGAUUAUUAACGGAUUUUACCAUUCAGCAGUCGUUUUUGUUAGUACCAUUUUGAUUUACAGAUACGGCAGUGCGUUGAACAUGCACGGAGUGACAGCUGAUAACUGGACUUGGGGUGUCACGGUAUAUACCGUUUCAAUCAUCGUUGUGUUGGGUAAAGCUGCACUUGUAACGAACCAAUGGACGAAAUUCACACUGAUAGCCAUCCCCGGAUCCUUUGUUUUCUGGUUAGUCUUCUUCCCCAUCUACGGAUCUGUCUUCCCAUAUGCAAACAUAUCCAGAGAGUAUUUCGGUGUUGUUUCGCACGCUUACAGGUCAGGUGCAUUUUGGCUGUCACUUUUGGUGUUACCGAUACUAGCCUUAAUGAGAGACUUCGUUUACAAGUACUACAAGAGGAUGUAUGAUCCUGAAAGCUACCAUCUAGUUCAAGAGAUGCAGAAAUAUAACAUAACCGAUAACAGGCCUCAUUUACAACAUUUUCAGGACGCUAUUAGGAAAGUAAGACAGGUGCAAAGAAUGAGGAAGCAGAGAGGGUUUGCCUUUUCUCAAGCUGAAGAGGGCGGCCAAGAAAAGAUCAUACGGAUGUAUGAUACUACCCAAAAAAGGGGGAAAUACGGAGAGUUGCACGAUGCAUCUGCUGAUCCAUUUGCUGACAGUGCUUCUCCAGUUGAAAAUGUUCCCAUGAGGGAACUAGCUCCCGAACCUUUGCCAGAUAAUCCGUUCGUGGAUGACUCAACGAUACGCCAUGCAUAG